CCCACGUGGACGAGGCAGUUGGUGAGCGGUGCCGGUUGCUGCAGUCAGGGCUGUGUGUGUAACUGGUGUAACCCGCAGUAAUGGCGGAAUUACUGGAAAACAUCCUGACCAGUCUGCUGCAGCCGGACAAUGCUGUUAUACAGCAGGCCACAGCACAGCUUAAAGAGGCGGUAAAGGAUCCUCUGAUUAUCCCUGCGUUGUGUGAUGUUUUGAGGGGUGCUCAAGAUAUGCAGAUCCGCCAAUUUGCUGCAGUUCUGUUGCGUAGGCGCCUCACUAAACACUGGAAACUAAUGCCGAAAGAACAGCAAGAAAACCUGAAAUCUCUUCUGUUAGAAGCUAUUCAGAGAGAGCCAGAGCACAAGGUGCGUUAUGCUCUUGCUCAACUAACGGCUGUGAUCUUGAGAAAUGAAAAGUUGGAACAUUGGCCACAAUUCAUCCAAUUUGUACUUCAGACAUCUCGUAGUGCAGUUCCUGAACACCGUCAGGUUGGUCUCCUCGUUCUCAAGUGUGCUCUGGAUCUCAGCGCUGAACUGUUCAAAACUCACUUCCCUGACUUGAUCAAAAUGUUUCACCAUACUCUAAAUGAUCUCCAGAAUCCUCCAGUUCUCUUCUAUACUCUGCAGUCUCUCACCAGUGUUGUACCAGAAAUGGCAGGCAAUGAAAUUAAUCUACUAAGGUCUCUUAUUGCAAAGAUACUAACCGCCAUCAGACACCUGAUACAAAGCAAUGAGGUUCAGGCUUGUGAGGCAAUGGAAGUUUUUGAUGAGCUAAUGGAAGGAGAAGUGUCGGUUGUUGUGCAUCACCUUGCUGAGAUUAUUCCUUUUUGCUUGGAGUUGGCGGUAAACACAUCCCUUUCUGAUAAUCUCCGUGUGAAGGCUCUAUCCUGUCUCAGCUUCCUUAUCAGAUUGAAGAGUAAGUCCAUCCUAAAGCAGAAGCUGCUGACUCCAAUUCUUAGUGCUCUUUUUCCCAUCAUGUGUGUGGAGCCUCCUCCUGGCCAGAUGGAUCCUGAGGACCAGGAAGAUGAGAGUGAGUUACUGGAGGAGGAGACUGAGGUGCAGACCCCUAAACACUUUGCAGUUCAGGUCAUUGACAUGCUAGCCCUUCAUCUACCUCCUGAGAAGCUCUUCCCUCAACUGACACCCCUUAUGGAACCCUGUCUCCUUAGUUCAAACCCAUACCAGAGGAAGGCCGGUCUUAUGUGUCUAGGUGUGCUCAGUGAAGGUUGUGCUGAACACAUUCGCAACAAGCAUCUAAAGUCUAUGCUGAAAGUGGUGUGUGAAGCCUUGUCAAAUGAAAGUCAAGUUGUGAGAAAUGCUGCACUUUUUGCUUUGGGACAAUUUUCUCAAAAUCUACAGCCGGAUAUCAGUGAAUAUUCAGAUUCAGUACUUCCUCUUCUCCUGGGGUAUAUUUCCCAAGUCGAUCCAUCCCAUACUGCACAUCUAACAAAAGCCUAUUAUGCACUGGAGAACUUUGUGGAGAAUCUCGGCAGUAAGAUUGAACCAUACCUUCCCACUCUUAUGGAACGGAUCUUGGUGUCCCUAGACAACUCGAACAAUAACAGAGUGAAAGAGCUGUCAGUGAGUGCUCUUGGUGCUAUUGCCAAUGGUGCAGAGAAGUUACUUUUACCAUAUUUCUCUUCUGUGAUGGAGUCUUUAAAAGUUCAUCUUGUACAGACUGGAGAAGAAGGAAAACACAUACAGAUACAAUGUCUUGAAACGCUUGGAGUUUUGGUACGAAAUCUAGGAAAAGAUGCCUUCCUACCUUUGGCAGAAGAUUGCUGUCUUCUGGGACUAGGUCUUUGUGACAGAAUGGAUGACCCAGAUAUGAGGCGCUGCGCUUACAGCCUAUUUGCUGCUCUGUCUGGGAUCAUGGAAGAUUCAAUUUCUGUGCAUCUAGAGAAAAUGACAACAUUAAUGCUUUUGUCCCUGAAGUCAAAGGAAGGAAUAGUGGUCCAUUACAGUGAGAAUCGCACCUUCAUGCUCUUUGAAGAUGAAGCCGAUGAGGAUGAUGUGAUUCAGGAUGCAGAAGAGGAGGAGGAGGAUCCAGACAUUGAAGGGUUCAGUGUGGAGAACUCUUACAUAGAGGAAAAAGAAGAUGCGUGCUUAGCUUUAGGCGAGAUUGCAUACAAUGCAAGCUCUUCAUUUUUCCCUUAUCUUGAUUCAUGCUUCAAGGAGAUGUCUAAGCAUAUUGAGUCUCCUUAUACCGGAGUCCGGAAGGCAGCAUAUGACGCUUUGGGGCAGUUAGUACGUUCCAUGAAUAAUGUGUGUAAGAAGAACCCAAGUGAAGCCAACACAGCAGCCCUGUUGUGUCUCCUCUCUCUCCUAAUCCCUCCUUGCCUGCAUGGGGCACUACACGAUAAAGAACGUGCAGUGGUCAUGUCUAUCCUGGACACUUUGAACCACCUUCUGAAAGAAGUAAAGGAGCUUUGUAUAAGAGAGCCUUCACAGUUGGAGAAUUUGUGUACUGUCAUCCAAGCCGUUUUACAAUGCAAGACAUUGUGUCAAGAUCCUGAUGCAGAUGAUGAAGAUGAGCAGCAGGCGGAGAUGGACUCCAUGCUGAUAGAAUAUGCAGGAGAGGGGAUUCCUCUGAUCGCAGCAGCAGUCGGUGGCGCCACAUUUGCCCCAUAUUUUGCUGGAUUUCUUCCAUUGCUCCUUAACAAAGUUAAACCCACUUGCUCACCAGCGGAGAAGUCCUUUGCAGUGGGCACUUUGGCAGAAUCUGUGGUGGCCAUUGGUCCAGCAACUGUUCAAUUUGUACAGCAAAUCCUCCCAGCUUUUAUCACAGGGGUGCGAGAUGAAGAUAACGAAGUGCGGAGUAAUUCAGUGUUUGGACUUGGUGUCCUAGCAGAGCAUGGUGGUGACGUUAUACAGCAACAAUACCCCAAGCUUCUCUCCAUAUUGUCUUCCAUUAUCAGCUGUGAGAAAAACACACGGGUUUUGGACAAUGUGUGUGGGGCUGUAAGUCGAAUGGUGCUCAGUCACCCAAACGGUGUUCCUUUGGAACAGGUUUUUCCAGUGAUGCUACGUUCUAUGCCACUGAAAGAGGAUUUUGAGGAGAAUACUACAGUAUUCAAGUGCAUUGCAUUCCUAUACGAGAACUUCACUUCUCAGGUUAUCACACAGUUAGCAGAAAUUGCUAGAAUCUUUGGUCAUUGUUUGGGCACAAAGGAAAUACAACCAGAUACAGAGAACUGUUUAAUUCUCCUUUUGAGGGACAUCGCACAGAAGUUUCCACAAGAUUUUCACAAUGCUUUGAAGUCCGUUCCUGCUGAAGCAUCUUCCAAACUCAGUGCAGUUCUCGGUCCCGCAUGAGGAGCAUCUUAGUAUGUUCUAGUUAGUAUCGGAGGAAUUCAUAUGGCGCGUUUGUUUUCAAGUUGCAGUUCAUAGUUAAGAGUUUUAAAUUCCAGCCAUUGGACUAUGUGUUUAAUGUCACCAAGCAUUUGCAGUUACCUGUAUCUCAGAACAGUUUGCAGGAAGGUCUCAUAAAAUUGCACCGACUGUGAGGGGGCUCCACCAAUCUCAAGCCAAAGCAAUAAAGAUGAAAUGUUCUUUACAGACG